GCGUAUCGUAUCCGUAGCUCUGUAAAGUAUCUAGUACUAAAUGUCAAUAGAACAAGAACAAUCUGAUUAAUGCUUCAAAGAGCAAACGCAGUGCAUAGCGUAACAGUACAUCGAGUGUCCAAUAAAUUAGGUGCAAGAUCAAUCACGCCACAGUUCGCUAGCCGCUGGACGCCCGAUGUUGUAAAUCAGUACUGUCCGUUGCAUUGUGAAACCAUUGAUCACAUCGAUACCAACCAAAAGUGUUAUCCCACUACUAACGAGCCCCGCCACUCAGUCUCUUUUUAAUUAAGAUUGACACCGCCGUGAAUAAACACGUCCUUAUUAACUUAUCUAAAUGACGUCGCACAAUAAACAAAUCUCAGUGGUGCGAUACACAAUCUUAUCAAAUCAAACGAUUGUGCAAAUGAGCACAGUUUAUCAAAGCCGCGGCGCGCGCGCAGGCCGGGCUACUGCGAGCUCCGGGGGUCCAACAAACCCUACCAACCCAGCAAUUGUUACAGGCCGCAUUCGACCGUCCGACGUCGCAUCGAGUGAACGUCGGAAAGAAAACGACUCACGUAACUAUCGUUAGAGUGAAUAGCGUGCGCGUAGUCGAUCAUAACGUGCAAUGCUCAGGGCCCCGCAUGCCCCUCUACCCCUCCCAGGGCUAUGGAGACCCUCCUCGACAAGUUUAAGAGGGAGCAAGGAGGGCUGCGCCGCUCCCGAUCGGUCCGCGCUUCCCUACGUAUGAUAGGGAACCGCUGGCGAUCCACCAAGGACGGGGAAUCGGCCGACGAAAUAGACAAACUCAAAAGGAAUACCGUCGUCUUCACAUCACAGAUUUGGAGCAGCGACAAGGACCUUGACGUCGCUUAUACUGGCAUCGACGGGACGUAUAAAUCGAAACCAUCAGCCAUGGCGAAACGAAAACCGGAACCAGUGAAACAACCACGAAGAAAAAGCGGUGAUAUAGACUUGAAUCUGAAGCCGCAAAGAACUAAAAAAGUCGAAAAAUCAAAGUUUAGUGAUUUGUUUUUAAAUAAGAAACAAAAAAGUGCAUCUGCCAAAGAGUUACUAGUGCCUGAAAAAAUACCACCGAAAGCUGCAGCGAUACUUCACAUUCACUCACCUGAAAAGGAUAAGACGAAGAAGAAAUUAAAAGGAAUGGGAAAAUCGGAAUCGGCAAAGUCAAUGACAGAGCUGGUGACGCAGCCGCGAGAACGCAGAGGCUCUGAGAGCGAGCUUACGUGCCCGCACCCGUCACGUGGUUUCGUCAAUCCUGCAUUUGUGUACAGUACCCCACCGAAGGACCGGAAGAUUCCAUUGUCUCCAUCAGCAUACCUGAAGCUGCAGUACGGCGCUCUCCUGGAGGGCUGCGGGGGGGAGCUGCCUUCCCUGAGCGCCUGCGCCCCCCUCCCCGCGAACCUCGAUAAAGUGACGCGCCGUCAACAGAAAGAUGCGCGUGCGCACCAAGACAAACUAGCACAAGUUAACAUACACUUACAUGCCCUGUUCGCAGCAGUGGAACAUGGCUACCUCGAUAAAGCAAGGAAUAUCCUCGAGUCCACAGACGUUGAUGUCAACAGCCUCAACGGCGACGGUCUCUCUCCUCUGGAUGUGGCAGUGCUGGCCAACAACCGAGCAUUGGCCAAGAUGCUCAUGGAAUUCGGUGCUAAAGAAGGCGCGAGCCUUGAAUUCAAAAACGCAGAGGUGCUAGGAUCCCAUUUAAGGCGGCUGGCACGCGAGGCGGAAACGCGGCUGCACGAGGUAGCUGGCUGCUUGCCAGACAGAAACUGCAGGGAGGAUGUUUGUACUAGGUCAUCAGCAAGCGGACAAGCAGGGACGACAGGGUGCGCUGGCGGAGCAGGUUCGGAGAAAGACAAACAAACUCAACAUUGGGAGAGGAGAGUGCGGACGCUGAAACGUCUAGUCCUUGGCUAUCAGCAAGUACGUGUGCCGACGGCACCACCAGCUCCUGAGCUCGAAGUAUGCGGCGCUCACGCCGUCACUGUUAAGCUCAAGGAUUCUAAAGUCACAAUGCCGCAGACUCCACCUAUUGUUACUAAGUACAAAGUGGAAUGGUCAUCACGAGCGGACUUCUCAAACGUGUGUGGCACUCGCGAAGUGGCAGCGACGGGUAAUGCUGGGGUCAAGGUGCUGGCGGCCGGGCUGACCAGGGGCCGCCGGUACUUCUUCAGGGCUACCGCCGGGAAUUUAAAAGGAUGGGGGCCGUUCACCGUGUCCGUGCCUCGGAGUGUUGUACCGAGUAGCUGGCGCGACGUAACUUCCCGCGCAGGCCGUGGCGAAGCAGGUGGCGCAGCGACAGCGCUCGAGGCGCUUGCUAUCGCCGCCGCGGCCGCCCGGCAGAGGCCUCCAGCACAACCUCCACGGCUGCCACGGAAGAAGACUGCUACCAUUCGGCAGUUGUUCACGGCUGCUAGCAAAUUCCAGAAGAAUUUGCGAAGGGGAGUGUACUUGGCGUGCAUCAUAUAUCACGAGGACAAAGUACUGGUGACAAGCGAGGAGUUCCUUCCCGUGAUCGAGAUCGACGAGACAUACCCCACUUGCAUCUACAACGACUUCCACUGGCUUAUGAAGGUGUCCUGUUCUUGGGAUGAGGUGAAAAGCCUUAGGUCAGAUAUGGAGAAACACACGUCCUCGUCCAUUCAUUUCCGACUCAAACUGCUCACAGCUGCUGCACAGAUGCAGUCUGCGCUAUGCAUUCAGGACUUAGGUCAACUAUACCAUAGACCACUACGAGACUCACACGGCACAGUGGUGUUAUCCUGUGUCAACAGCGUGAAAUCGGCCAAGUCCGUGUCAGCUUUAAACUCUCGCUGGGCGGCGGUGUCGCGGCUGCGGAGACGGGUAUUCAGCGAGGACAACACUAUUGGGGAACUGCUCAUGGCUUCCGUACACGACCAAAUUGCUUAUCAUCAGGUAUCUCGAGUGCAGCUCCCACGCGGUCUAUACCUAGGUUACCUGAAACUGCAGUCUUCCGUGGAAGUGGUUCGCAUCGUAGCGCCAGCACGCACGCCCAACGUACCGCCCCACACGCGAGUUCGCGACAAUCCCCACGUCUCUGCGGAAGAAUGGGAGUACCUCAAAACCCAGUCAGGCAAAACGACCGAAGACACCGCCAUAAACAGUUUAUCAAUCAGCACUACGCAGGAACCCUCAGAAUCUCAAGAAAUGUUCCUAGACCAAAUUGCGGCUGCAGCCAGACGCCUCUUUAAGGACAUGGAAAUACCACCCGAAUGCGCUAUUGCCCACCGUAUAUAUGACCUUGAAGUUAUGGAGCUCAAUAGUGACGUAAGCUUCAUCAUGAUAAGCCCACCAGCCGAACAGGCCUGCUCUGUACCAGGACAAAAGGAAAUACUUCUUCAGAAAGGAGAUCUACUCAGCCUACCAAUCCAAGCUUUCGAAAUGAUCCACCUUCAAACGUACCAUACCAACAUCUUGAACAAAUAUGCAAGGCUAAGCUGUGUGUUAGAAUUAGAUGUCGCGUUAGCUGCACAUUCUCACAGAGAAGCGUUUUCUUGUACAGAACUACAAACUGCCAAGGAGAGGUUAAGCAAACUCGAAGACUUGCAGAACAAACUGAACACAGUCUGGAAAGCAGAAAGGUGGUUGAUGGAUCUAAUUGGUUUUGCCAGAGAUAAAGACAAAGCUGCUCAAAGUUCAGGCAUAUUGCUCAAACAUAUAUUAGACAAAACGCCAAGAACUUUUACAGACGGGGCUGAUAUUGAAAGCAACGAAAAGGAUAAUAAAUUUAAAAUUGACUUUCUUCAAAUUCCUUCCAGAGACGGUAAAAUUACUAAGACCGCACCAGGAAGAGGUUCGUGGCCUGGACCCGCGGGUAAUGGGAAUCAUGCCAACUUACACCCAGAAUUUAGUAAAUCUGAACAGCAGUUGAGCUUAGCUCCUCGAGAAACGUCAGUCUCUACUCUCAACUUAAGCAGUUCGCAGUAUUUGAACGCUGAUGUGAGCCACUACCCACGCAAAGGAAGCGCCGAUUCUCAGUACACACAGUUAAGUGGCAACUUCAGUAACUCCCAAUUUGACACUUCUGGAUCUCAUACGAGCAUUACAAGCAAUCGUUUGCCUCCAUCUCGUAGCGAGGAUACCUUAGUUCAUCAGUCAGAAAUUGACGAUUCAAAACAACAUCCAAUGAGCAUUGUCGCAAGUGCUUCAACAACAUCAAGUCCUCUUUUAACCGUUAAAAGCUACUACCCUGGUAGUAUGAUCAGUAUGCGAACAGCCAAAGCCAAUGUGUCAGAGUCCGCUCAAAGUCUUUCUAGUGACUCUGAAAGCCAGAGCUGUCCUAUCACAACGACGUCAGUUCCUUUGAAAAUCCGUCCUCAAAUAAAACACCAUAGGGCAAAUGUGAUCGCGUCUAAAAGCUUGAACAAUGUAAAGUCUUCUGAUCUAGACUACACUGACACUUGUCAAGAGUUCGGAAAAGGAUCGUCGAUAAAACGACAGCCGUUAUUAGAAACCCAGGAAGACACAGAGAAUUACAAUAAAGUUCCAAAGACUGACCAGACGAGUGACGCCGAGGAAAAUGUGAAGCCUUCUGAAGAACGCCCGCCUGAUCAACCGGGGAUAUUACAAGUAUUCGCAGCGUACGAAACCGGGUUAGCAGCGGGAACAUCAUUGAAGCUUCAUGUGACACCACGGACAUCAGCUCGCGAGGUCAUCGACUUAGUCGUGAAGCAACUUAACAUGGCAGCCGUAUUAAAGGGAAAAGCGGGACCUGUUUACGGUCCCGAGAAAUUAAAAGAUUUCUGCCUAGUGGCUGUUAUUGGAGCUAGAGAACGAUGCCUGCGGGAUGACUUCAGACCAUUGCAAUUACAAAACCCUUGGAGAAAAGGACGGCUGUAUGUUAGACUUAAACAUGAUGUAUUAGCUGCAUUGCAACACUCCGCUAAGCAGCCAGCUUUUAUUUAAAUCGAUAAGAAGGUAACUCCAAAAUAAAGAAUGUAGGAUUAUAGAAUGCAUCAGUUCGUAGAGUUUCCAUAGAAAACUAAAAAUGAUGGAGAAGUUGCGUCUUUAUCGCAAACUACGUAACUCAGAGGCGUCAAAAGACAUGAAUGUACUUUUGACUCGUCUCGUACAAUCUAAAGCGAAGGGUCUCAAGUUAUUUUUGUAAAGGCUAUGAAAUGACUGUUACUAAUGCCAUUAGGUUUUAACAAAGAUCUAUUAUUAGAAGAUAUAAAUGUUGUAUAACAGAAAAGCUGUAUUAAAAAUAAUUUAUGUUUGGUGCCAAUUCUUAUUUUCAAUGCUUUAAAUAGUUGAGUAAAUGUUGUGAGUAAAAUAUAUAAUUUGAACAGAUGUAUGGUGCUUUCACUGUAUAAUAACGUGGCAAAUGGCAUUCCAAAUGCAAAAUCGACAUCUGUUUUAUAUUUUUAUCUAGUGGGUAUUUAAAAUUUAUUGUGGAGUUAGACAUUUCCUAUCUGCUUUGUCUGUCUAG